AUGUUGAGCCCACUCCCCAUCGAGGUGCUCGAGCUUAUCGUGGCCUACGUCAGAUCGAACGAUCUUUACGCUUCCACGUCCCCUCACCCAUCUGGCGCAGACCUCGACUACAAGCUCUCGCUCAACUCUGACCCCCGCAAGGACCUGCUAUCGCUCGCACUCGCUGGGACUUGGCUCCACAAAUUUGCGCGCUCAGCCCUUUAUCGUACAAUCCACAUCAGGACUCGCUUCUCCUUCCUCCUCUUCGCGGACGCCAUCUCCCUGUCGUCCCUCGACGAUGAGAACGAGACCGCUCCAGCGAGUCGAGCAGCCUCGAUUCGUGCCGUCAUGCUAAGAGAAAAAUGGGCGCGCAACGCGCAAGUCGACUGGUCCACCUUUCGUGACACACUACGAUCCUUCUUCGAUCACGCGACUCAGCUCGACGUGGUCGCUCUCGAGAGCGACCCAGUUUCGUCUGUGUUCUUGGACGUUCGGACCAUCUGCCGCCCGCGCCGGGUCACACUCGCACUCAGCUCGAAAAUACCGCAAGCCCAGCGCUUCAACGCCGUUGCUUAUGCGCCACUCUCCGAAGCGACGCAUCUCCGCUUCCUGAACGCCAUGGCCGCUCUGUCAUUUAUCAGAUACCUAGUGAGCGAGGCAGAUGCUGCCAAGCAGCUUUCGCUCUGCGGAUCGCUUCAGUGUCUGCGCCUCUCCCACCUAUGCCGAUGCAGUCUACAUGGAUUUGCGUCAUGGAUCGAGCGGAACAAGCAAAUGGACGAACAUGAAGAGGACGCAGCCUAUCUGCAGCCGGGUCGCGUAGAUCCCGGCGUGCUACUUCAGUCGUCGCUUUCAAUUCUCGCCAGAUAUAGCGACCGCUUGCCCCAUUUCCGCUUGCUGCUGCUUGACUUUCGCACAUCGCAACAUCCUCCUCUGAGAAUGCCAUUUCGGUCGGAAAAUCACGAGGAUCUCAAGGAUACGCUUCGGCGGGACACGCAGACCAAAGCAGCGUUCGAGUCUCGACGAGCGCAGCCAGCCGACGCACGCUACUUCCACGCCGCAAUGCGCACGGUGCAAGCCUUGAGUGCGAAGCGUGUACCCGACGUAAGCACCAGCGAUGCUGGAAGAGAAUUUGAAGAGGUGAAGCGCACGUUGUCUCGGGACGAAUUUUGGCGCGAAAUGGAAGCUGGCAAGCACGCAUACGAGCGUUUGUUGGCUGAAAAGAGCGAUCGGCCGCCGGAGCUGCGGAUCGUGCAAGGAAACCAUCCGCAAGGAAACCCCAAAAAACCAAAGGCCUAUCCUUUGGACGAGAUUGACUUCUACUGCCAGACUGGCCCCGGAGCAGACGACGCGGAUGUGGGCUGCUGGGCGGACCCCGACGUAUUCGACCUGGUCACCCGUUCGCCCUACCUUUCAUACCGGUUGGAUACGAGCGGCAAAGGAUGGUACUGGACCGGCGAGCUCCCACGCUCUACGACUCGCGAUGGCGUGACCACCUACAUCCCAUCUUGGAUUCCGAUCGACAAUCCCGAGAGUCUGCAAUAA